AUGGAUACAGAUGUUGAUGGUCCCUUUUCCACUGUUGCAAAUCAUGUGACAAUUCCUACCCUUUUCCUCUCUACCCUUUCUUCCCCUCCCUUGACAGUUGACAAAGAGAUUGAGACAACGUUGUUGGAAAUUAGGUUUGGCUUGAUACCGUCCAAAGCUCGUUUUGCGUGGCAUAUGCUGCAUGAAACUGGUGUGCAUUGCAAUUGA